AUGCACACCAGCUGGUUGGUGCUGCUACUGACCCUAGCUACUGUUACCAGGAGUGAGCACUAUCACAUUGUGCCAGUGAAUUCAACUGACUCGUGUAAUGACUAUCAAAAUGGAACUUAUUUCACUCUCGAGCAGCUUGUUCAAACAGCCCUGUUGUCUGGUGGAGACAAUCUCACCUUGAGCUUUCUACCUGGAGAUCAUUUAUUAAGUGAAAUGCUUUACAUUUGUAAUUUCAGAGAGGUGAUUAUUGCUGGCCAAAAUGCCACUAUCAAAACUGGUAGAGUGCUGUUAUCUAAUAUCAGUGCAUUGAGUAUCGAAGGUUUGCAUUUCACUGGAGCAGGUGAUGAAAGUAGUUCAGGCUACAUGUACAUAAUUUCUCAAAUACUUUUUGAUAUCACUAACUGCUAUUUAGUAGGCUUAAAAUUGCUAAAGUUGGAAGCUUGUACACUCUGGAUCACUCGUACGGUAACUGUAACGAUUGAACGAGUUCUCUUUGUGAACAACACUAGCACUGACAGAGCAUUGAUUGUUGAAGCUGAUACUGUGUACAUUGAAAAGAGCGACUUCUUCAGUAACAGUGGUGGUGCAGCGAACAUUGAAUCAAAUCAAACUGUUAUUAAUGAUUCAAGAUUCGAUUCCAAUACUGCUGCAUAUGGUGGAGCAGUGGAAGUGGACUCUGUAAGUGUGACUAUCAGUUGGUGCAACUUUACAAAUAAUAUUGCUCAAUUAAAUUUUGGUGGAGCAAUUAUCACCUUUGGAAGUAGUUUGUUCAUUUCCAACUGUGCGCUACUAAACAAUAGUGCUAUUCUUGAUGGUGGAGCAAUUUAUAGCCGGGGAGGGAGUGUCUCAAUCUCCGACAGUGAGCUAGCGUACAACAGUGCUGAAAAAACAGGUGGAGCAAUUUUCACCUUUGGAAGUGGUUUGUUCAUUUCCAACUGUACACUACUGAGCAAUAGUGCUAUUCAUGAUGGUGGUGGAGCAAUUUAUAGCCGGGGAGGGAGUGUCUCAAUCUCCGACAGUGAGCUAGCGUACAACAGUGCUGAAAAAACAGGUGGAGCAAUUUUCACCUUUGGAAGUGGUUUGUUCAUUUCCAACUGUACACUACUGAGCAAUAGUGCUAUUCAUGAUGGUGGUGGAGCAAUUCAUAAUAUUAUAUCAAAUCAAACUGUUAUUAACAAUUCAAGGUUUAAUUCCAACACUGCUAUAUUUGGAUUUGGUGGAGCAGUGGAAGUGGACUCUGCAAGUGUGACUAUCAGUUUAUGCAACUUUACAAAUAAUAUUGCUGAAAGUGCUGGAGCAAUUUCCACCUCCGAAAGUAGUUUGUUCAUUUCCAACUGUGCCCUACUAAACAAUAAUGCUAUUCUUGAUGGUGGAGCAAUUAAUAUCCAGGGAGGGAGUGUCUCAAUCUCCGACAGUGAGCUAGCGUACAACAGUGCUGGUAGAUCAGAUGGAGCGAUUUCGGUUUUUACUGGAGAGUUACUGAUAUCCGAUAGCAAGCUAACAAACAACAAGGCUACCUCUGGUGGAGCGAUUGGACUUUUCGCGGGUGAUGCAUCUAUCUUGAGCUGUAAUAUAACAGAUAAUGAAGCUGUAGUUGAUAAUGGAGAAACUAGUCUUGGUGGAGCGAUUUUGGUAUAUACUGGAACUAUAUCCGUCUCCAAAAUCAUGUUUAAAAAUAACAGUGCUGACUUUGGUGGAGUGUUUUUUGUUGCUGAUGGCACUGUGAUCAUUUCCGACUCUGUGGUCACAAACAACAGAGCUACUCAGCAAGAUGGAGUGAUUGCGGUUGUUAUCUCAACUUUGAUAAUUACUAAUACAAGCAUAUUUGACAAUUUAGAGGGUGAAAAUAUCCUUUACGUAGUGCAUUCUAACUUGUCAUUUACGGGAGUUAACAAUGUUAGCAAUAAUGUAAACCCUGUGUAUGCUCUAAGCAGUCGAGUGGAGUUCAAUGGACCCACAACUCUCAGUAACAAUCAUGGUGUGCAGGGUGGAGCCAUCAGAGCAGUCCAGAGUCAAAUCUAUAUCAAUGCAGAAGGAGUGGUCAUUUCUAACAAUACUGCUACUGUUGGAGGAGGUGUGUUUCUGAGAGAGAGUACACUCUUUGUUCACUAUCCAAUAGAGAUUUCUCACAACACAGCACACAAUGGUGGUGGGAUUUAUGCAUACUCAAGCGAAAUUGAAUUUGAUUCGAAGGUCACUACUGGUUGUUUAUUUAAUGAUAACUUUGUCCCGUGUACAUGUAGUGACAUGGAGACUGUACUGUUUGUGAGUAUUAUAGAUCGAAAUGAUACUCAAAAUGGAGGAGGUAUUUAUGCAGUUGCUUCAAACAUUAAGGCUUUUUCUCACGCUUACGUCCAAAUCAAAAUAAACUCGGCAAACAAUAGCGGAGGUGGAGUGUAUCUACAACAAAGUUCCAAGAUAUAUAUUUUGAAACAGGACUCGGAGCUAGAGCUUGGUAAAACGCUGGUCAUACUGGAAAUCCACAAUAACACGGCUCAGUAUGGAGGGGGGAUAUUUGUGGCAGACAGUACUGAGAGUGGUGUGUGUAGAGGAGAGGAUGUAACUACUGCAGGAAAUCUGACACGAACAGAAUGCUUCAUUCAAACUCAAGAUCUCUAUGGUUUUGAUAUCAAUUUUGUUAAGACUUUGAUACCUUUAGUGCAAACUUCCCAGUCUUCAUAUGAAGAAGUACUUAAGUGUUUGAACAAUACAUCAAUUAAUCAUCGCAACACUUUUUUGACUAACAACACAGCUUCCAAGUCAGGAGCAGAUAUUUACGGAGGUCUGUUUGACAGGUGUACGGUGGAUGUAUCAGCUGAACUCUCUUCAUCAGACAACGGAUUUGAGUACUUGAACAAUACUGUGCAUUAUUCAUCGAUAGCUUCGAAGGCUGUCAGAGUGAAGUUGUGUAACACCACCAAGCAGACCAUUUCUGUUAGAAAAGGACAAGCAUUCACAAUCAGUGUUAUGGCUGUAGACCAAGCUGGAAAUCCAAUGAAUAAUGCCAUAAUUCACAGUUCUGUUAUCACUGAGAGCCGUAGAGUUGAUCGUCUCAAAGAAGGACAAGCACAACAGGAAGUUGGCAAUCAGUGCACAGAACUAGAGUACAAUGUAUUCUCACAAGACAGCUCUGCUCAAGUGGAACUCUAUGCUGAGGGUCCAUGCAACAAUUUGGGAAUUUCAAAACAAAUUCUAAACAUAUCUUUUCAAAAGUGUGAUUGCCCUAUUGGACUCCAACCAAUUAUGUCCUCAAUUGAGUGCAAGUGUGACUGUGAUCCAGUCUUGUUGCAGCAGAUAACAAACUGUUCUGAAGAAAAUGGGACCAUAAAGCUGGAAAGCAAUAACAACAUAUGGAUAGGAGUGACUAAUACCACUAACGGAAGUGGGUAUAUUGUUAGUAACUGUACAUUUGACUAUUGUGUACUAAAGCCAGUCAACAUCAGUCUAAGCAACCCUGACGAACAAUGUGCCUACAAUCGAAGUGGUGUCUUGUGUGGAGAAUGUGAACCAGGGCUCAGUCUUGUGUUAGGUACUUCAAGAUGUGAACUCUGUUCAAACUCUUACCUUCUCCUGCUACUCCCGUUUGCCCUGGCAGGCAUAGUACUAGUUGUAUUCAUUCUCCUUUUCAACAUUACCAUAGCAACAGGCACUAUCCAUGGGCUGAUCUUCUACACUAAUAUAUUAGCUGCAAAUCAGUCGAUUCUCAUACCUUUUCAUAACCCUUUGACAGUUUUCAUAUCGUGGGUGAAUCUUGACUUGGGUAUUGAGACAUGCUUUUAUGAUGGAAUGAACUCUCAUGCAAAAGUGCUCCUUCAGAUGGUCUUUCCUGCUUACCUGUUCCUUCUGAUGUUCUUAAUAAUCAUUUUGAGCAAGUACUUUGACUCAUUUGCAAAGCUCCUCUCCAACAGGAACCCAGUUGCUGCCCUAGGCACACUCGUCCUACUCUCUUAUUCCAAACUCUUGCAGUUUAUCAUUGCUGCAUUGCAAUACAGGGUCUUGGAUUAUCCAGAGGGUGCAACCGAGGUGUUGGAUUUUCCCAGCAAUUCAAGUGAUAUAGUUUGGUUGUAUGACGGCAAUGUGCAAUACUUCACUCCCGGUCACACCCCUCGGUUUAUUUUUGCCGCCAUAAUCCUCAUUUCUGGUAUAUUGUUCACUGUACUGCUCUUCUUUGGACAAUGGUUUCCUCGCUGUUCAAAACAGAAACUCAUGAAAUGGACUAAGAACACAUACUACAUUGGCUUCAUGGAUGCAUACCAUGCUCCAUUCACUCCCAAACAUCGCUACUGGGUGGGACUGCUCCUAUUUUCUUUGAUCGCUCAUAACCUAAUAACAGCCUUGGCUUUGGACACUUCUCUCCCCGUACUAUCAGCUGGAUCUAUAAGUGUUGGACUUAAUAUUUUCAAAUCGCAGAAUUAUGCAGUGUACAAAAUACGAUUCAAUGAUUUACUGGAAACACUCUUUUUCCUCAAUCUUGCAAUUCUAGCAUAUGGCACCCUCUACAUAGGAAGCAUCAAUGGGAAUCAAGUCAUAAUAUCCAACAUUUCAAUGGCAGUGGCUUUUAUUUUGUUUGUGGUGAUAGUUUGCUACCACUUUUACGAGUACAUACUGAAGAAAGUUCCUGUUCUGCAGAGGCAGCAAAAUGCACUCAAACCGAGAAAAAUAAUUCUACGAGUUCGCAAACUGGAACUGGAGAAGAAAAACCAAGAAGAAACCUGGACAAACGCGGACAGAUAUGAUCCGUACACUAAUGGAGUCAUGGAAGAAGCUGAUCCUGAUCGUUACAUCACUCCUCCCAUCAUCCGACCAGCCACAAGGCCGGACCAGCUGAGAGAGCCUGCCCUGGACGUGCUAGCCCCCCUCACCACAGAGGACUACAGACCAGCCCCUCCCCCUCCUCAAGACAAUACACCCAAAGUCACGCACACUGUCAUCGAUGUCGUGAAAGAGUAA